AUGUUAUCGGAGGAACAGAAGAAAGACGUCGCCGGUAGAUAUUUCUUGCCUCGCAACGUGGAAGAAGCGAAGCGUAUGCAAAACCAGCAUGAAUGGGUCAAGGGCAGUGCUCAUGGACUGAUACUCGCGCCGAUUGACCUGAAACGCAGCGGCAUGCGUGUACUGGAUGCUGCCACUGCAGACGGAUACUGGAUGAAAGAUGCGAAGAGAGUCUUUCCUGAAGACACCGAAUUCCAAUAUCCGCCUGUCGAUGUCUUUGAAAUCGUGCAGCAAAACCUCAUUGAAGAGUUUCCAGCCGCCUGGAACAAUGCCUUUGACUUUGUUCACCAACGCUUUGUCAUUCCUCUCUUCAAGGCCGACGAGGUUCCACAGGUUAUCUCACAUCUGGCUGGAUGCGUGAAGCCGGGGGGCUGGAUGCAGCUCGUUGAGAUGGACUUCCAGACCCCCGUGUCACAACCAAUCGAGUCGUGCAAGGCGGUUCAAGCAUUCCACAAACUGACGAGCAGCGUCGUCUCGGACCCUCUUGCUGCCACAAAGCUGGCUGACCGGCUCUCUCACGCCGGCUUCGUAAACGUCGACUAUAAAGCUGUCGACAUGCUUGCUGGGUCGGCGCAUCCAGAUCCAGAGCUGGGCGAGCGCGGCCUCCAAAAUCUUCUGUCGAUUUUGGGCUUCUUUCAAUCUUUUACUGGACCCGAGAUCAUCGGCUUCAAUGAACAGGAAUGGACCGACUUACCCAAACAAUUGGCCGAGGAGAUGAGAAAAUAUCACUUUGCUCUGAGGGUCUACUUUGUCUGGGGUCAAAAGCCUGGUGAAGAGUAG